AAAGCACAGCAGAAGUGCUAAAAACUCCUGCUCCUGUUGUUGCCAUUGCUUCAGCGUCUCUAUAGGCUGAUUUCACCUGAUGCUGAAGGAUGUGCUAACAUUUCCACCUCUUUUCAUUAUAAGUGCUGGAUUACACAGUAAGGACAUCGGUUCUGUCUCACUGCACACACUGAUAAAAGGCAAAGACAUCAUGGGGAGAGGCUAACAACACCAGUUCCAGUGAAGAUGCAGCACACGUCGUGCACAGAGGACCGGAUCCAGCACGCUCUGGACAGAUGUCUCGAUGGACUCCGGCCAUCCGAAAACCUGUCACAGUCCUGGAGCGCGGGCUGGUGUAUGAACCGCUGGAGUCUAGAAGAGCUGAUUAAAAGAGACCCCGAUAAUUUUCUCAUUCUGCUGCAGCAAAUUCUCAGAAAAGCCAGAGAGGUUCAGCAGGAGUGUCUUUAUGAGCUUGUGGCCCCUUUGGCUCUCAUGUUUGAGUCCACACUACUGCAGAUGCCUCUUUGUCCAUCCAGUGAAAAUGUUCUGACAGAGGCAUGUGAAGUGUUUCAUGGCUUUCUAGCGUGGCCUGAGCCCUACUGUAGUGUGUGUCGUAACCUGCUCUCCACACUGCAUCAAGAGCUUCGAGCUCCAGGGAUUUCGUACCACAGACUGGUAAGAGAGGAACAAGGCCUUGCCACCUCCAGUCAGCGUUCUAAGAUCAUUACGGUGUUCUUGAUGAACCCCGCCGAGGUGCCCCUUGAGUUCCUGUCUGUGGCGGAGCAGCUCAGUUCCAUAGAGGUCUCACAGAGAGAGAGCAGUGUUACGCUCAUUAAACACAGCUACCAGUCAGUGCUCGGUACAAAAUACCCACUACACACCAUCAGCAGUGCUCUACAGUGCCUUAGUGAUGAUGAGUUGGCUCAGAUCAUGUCCUCCGUGAGUGACCUAUUGGAGUCUGCAGCAGCCAUGGUGGAUAUCGCUAAAGCUCGAAAACAUGUUGAGGGUGGCCUGGAGGCAUUGCGAGAAAAACUUGGCAUACCAUCCUCUAAUGGCAAAAUGUCAGAUGGGGUUCUUCAGACGCUCAGCCUUCCAGCAGCAAAAUGCUACACCUUCCAUUGGGACAAGGAUAAUUUUGAUGUUCUAAAUGACAUUCUAGACAUUGAGUCUGAAUUGACAUUAUCUCAAACGUCUGAGAGCAUGGAGGAGGAUGAUGUGGACAAUGUUGAUGUGGAAGAUGAUGAAUAUGAGGACUUGGAGGAUGUUUGCACUGACUAUCGGGCCUCUACUUUCUCCACUGUCUCCUCUCUCUCCACGGCCUCUAAAGACUCCAUGUUCUCCACACUGUCAGUUGCUUCUUCAGAAUGUUCUCCCCUGUCAACGCUCUCAUCUUCAUCUCAAGCUUCGGGGACGGACAGUGACUUCUGUGAAGACGUAGAGGAUGACGGUUUAAGCACAGUAUCUCCAUCUAAGACCAAAACCAGUGGCCGACUUUCCAAGCGCAUCUCACGAUUCUUCAAACCUCGCAGCAGCAAUUCUCUCUGUCGAGCCAAGAGCCUUGGCAGCCCAGAAGCUAAAGAAUUAGUGGUGGCGGUCCGCUCUAAGAGAUCCAAUUCUCUGCCCCAGCAGGUUCAUUUACGGAGCUCUGACUUAGGGUUCCCAGUUGUACCUCUAUCUCAGCUCCAGUAUGUUUGCUACAGGAGGAGACCUAUUCUGAGUACAGAUGAUGAAGACGGGCCAACAGGGGCCACUCUGCUUAGAGUGGUGGUGUUUGGGGCAGAUCAUGUAGCAGGGAGGGUAGCCCGAGCCUAUGGUAGUCUGAGGAAAAGAGAAAGAGACUGUCCGCACCUGACCAAAGCUUUCAGGAUGAAGUUUUUUUUUGUACCUGUGAGGAGGGAUACAGCCCCAGUCAACUCCAGGAGGUCCUCUCUGCAGCUCUCAGUGAGUCCACUGAAAGCAGCCAUCUCAAGCACAGAUCUCUGUAUGAACGGGAUGGAGGACAGCACUAAUGACAUCGCGAAUCUGCUGGGAAUGCUGGAUCCCUGGUAUGAGCGUAACACCCUGAGCCUCAUGGAACUGCCCGUCAAUGUGGUGUGCCAGCAAACAUCAAAGAUUGAUUCAGACUUGUCUGAGGGCACGGGUGAGGAACGUUUACCAAUAUUUGCAGACCUGGUGCUCUAUUACUGCCGGCAUGCUGCCCGUCCUGCCCUCAUUCAGCUCUAUCAAGCAGAGUUCACACUAGCUGGAGGAGUACGACGGACUGAAGUAUUUAUUCACUCUCUGGAACUGGGCCACACAGCUGGUACAAGAGCCAUCAAGGCCAUGGGAGCUGCAAGUAAGAGAUUUGGCAUUGAUGGAGAUCGUGAGGCUGUUCCCUUGUCGCUGGAAAUAACGUAUAACAGAAUACAUAUCAGUGGAAGAAGUCAGAAGACGAGGACAGAGAAGUCCUGCACCUCUAUAAACCUGCAAAAAGCCUGCAGGAAUUCAGAGGAACUAGAUUCUAAAAUGGAGUGUCUUCGUUUGACAAUGACAGAGGUGUUGAAGAGACAAAACUCUAAAUCAAAGAAAGGCUACAAUCAGCAACUGACCACCACAGAAGUGAAGGUGGAUAAGGUUCAGGUUAGUGGAACUUGCAACACCACCUUCGCAGUUUGUCUGGACCAAGAUGAGAAGAAAAUUUUACAGAGUGUGAUGAGGUGUGAGGUAUCAGUGUGUUAUAAGCCGGACAGUUCAACUGACUGGACGAGAGGAAGAGUCUUUUCAUCUCAGACGCAGCUUCUUCAGCCCACAUUCUGCUCUCUGCUGUGUCUCCCUGUGGCCACUUUCAGUGGACCUCAACCUUGAACCUCCAGCCUGACAGAAGCCUCAAAUCUGGUUAAAACACACAUCAAAAUCAGCUUUCCACUUUUGAUAAGUUUUCGCAUAAGGAUGAUGGAUUAAAAUAUGGAUAUUUUGUCCUCGCAAUUUUUGGAUUAUUGGAUCAGAAGUUACUGUUUUGUCUACUGUUUGGUACACCUACUGAAUAUAAUCUGGUGGAUACACAUUUGUUGACCUAUGAAUAACAUCAGAUUAUGAGUCAUCCUUGAAAGUUUUGGUACUUCUGAAUGGGAUGUUAAUACUGGAUUGAUUUGUAACUGGGCUGUUAUGCAUCCAACUGUAACCAGAAUACACAUUAAUGCACAUAUUAACCAGCAUUUGAGUAGGCACAAUUGAAUAGAUUGUUUGUGUAUAUGGUGUAAUUAUUUUAUGUAGGUAUAAUCAAAAUUCUCAGGAAAGACAUUUAAUGUUUUGCAAUAUUUUUAAUUAUUUAAACUUGUUUCUGUCAUGGAUCUCCGGACUCAGUCGCACCGCCUAAAAUAUGAGGUAAUCUGAGAUUUUUUUGUAUGUAUAGUUGUAUGUCCUUUUUCCCCCUGACUUUAUAUCGUUCUGUAUCUUGCCUUACUUAAUACCUCUUGUUGUAAUUGGAUUGGUUGGCCAACAGAGGUCCUCCUAAACCAGUUGUAGAGCUGGCAGUAUAAAAAAUACAAGACCGCUCCAUCAGUACACUGUAAUACUGGUGCAGUUUGUAUGUGAAGCAAACUGAAACCUUUCUUUCUUUCUUUCAAAAGAUAUGUGCGUGUCAUUUUGUUAAAGUAAUCAGAAUAACUGUCAAAAGCAAUCAUUUUCAUUUCUGAUUGUUUAAUAAACACUUAAAACUGUAUAUGUAUUUUAGUAAGAGAUAGCAGAAGUGUGUAUAUAUGUAUGUGUUUUAAUAAAGAAAACUAACAUUUGAGCAAAUCGAAGGAUUUCACUAGCUGGCAGUGCAGACUCUAGUUGUAUUUUUAUAUAUAUAAAAAAAAAAUUAAGGUUUAUUCAUUUUUGUAGAAACAUUCCACGUGUCCUUUUACUACAUUUUGUUGUGACAACAUUUUGGAAAGAGAGUUGUAGGUACAGAUCUGUGCAACUAAAAUGUUAUUCAUGAGUGUUCAAAAUUAACAUAUCCUAUCAGCAAAAUGUCCUAUUAUUAUUAUUAUAGUUGUUUUGUAAUUUUGUCAUCAUGGAGAAUUAAAAUGGUACUUUCAAUGUGACUUCAUUCAUAUUCAUAAGGUGCAGUCUUUGUCUUUAUCUAUUUGUAUAUCGUCAAAUUAAAAUAAAAUCACUUUCGAAAUAUUUGCAGUAUGGUUGCAUAAUGAGUAUAAUUAGUUAAUGUCAGCCGUAAAUACACAUCUCACUUUUUUUUAUUAAUUUAUUUUAUUUACUUAUUUAUUUUUUGAGACAUUUUUCAAAGAAUUUAAAUGUUUGCUUUUAGUUCUUUAACUGCCCUACAGGUUAGAGGCAUUUUUAUGAUCAAAUGUCAGGUUAAUAUCUAAACAAUGAUGUCUCUGUCUGCGAAGAAGGCCUUGAGAAGGCCUGUUUUGCUUGGGGUGGUUACAGUUUGAAUUGUUAGCCUGUUCAAGAUGUUAUCAAAGAACGUGAAAAAAUGUCACAAGAUGACUAUUUUAAAAAGCCACUGAGGGAAAUCAUUAGCACAUAUAAUUGGAUUAUGCCAGUUUUGAACUAGGGAAAAAUAGUCACUUUGUCAAUAAGAAAUAAUCUGACUCUGAAAAUAUUUAUAAUAAGUUUAGUUCUGCAUGCCUCAUUUAUUUAUAGUAACAAGCUUGUUUAUUGGCAUUUCUUAAAUGUUUGAGUCUUGUGAAUGUGUGAUGUGCAGAGGCAUUUUUUACUGCAUCUCAGAAAAUUGUAAAAUACAUUUAUGGAAU